GGAGCUGCGCCAUUGUGACGUCACCGGGAGGUGUGAGGGUGAGGGUGAUGGCGGCGGGGACGGAGCUGUGCCCGCACUGCCAGCGCCCCUUCAAGCGGCUCCGCGCGCACCUCCCGCACUGCAAGGCAGCGCCACCGGCACCGGGCAGCGCACCGCGAUCGGCACCGGGCCCCGAGCCGCCCCCUGGUACCGGCACCGGCAGCGCACCGCGAUCGGCACCGGGCCCUGAGCCCUCCCCCGGCACCGGCAGCGCACCGCGAUCGGCACCGGGCCCCGAGCCCUCCCCCGGUACCGGCACAGCCCCAGCGCAGCCCCCCGGGCCCGGCCGAGGUUCGGGGCCCCGCAGCCGCUCCCCGGCCGUGCAGGACGUGGCCCGGAGCCUGGACCUGCACCCCGAGGAGGUGCAGGAUGUCCCCAGGCAGCUGCAGAAGGGGGUGAAGGUGGUGAUCGAGCGGCACCGCGCCAGGGUGCUCAGGGAGAAGCAGCCCCGGGGCCGAGCGGGGAGCGGCGGGGAAGGGACGGAUCCCGGCACUGCUGCCCCUCCGCAGCGCCGCAAAAGCGCCCAGAAAUCCAAGAGCAAGGAGACUCGGAGCCAGGGAGCCGUGGGGAGCGGGACUGGGAGCUCCAAGGGAGAAACGAGCAAUUUAAAGGCAACAAAGGCACUUCAAGAGAGCAGAAAUAGCCGCGGUGACCUGGUGCAGCAGGAGGGAAGAGACAGAUUCACGGCAGGAGAGGAGCAGGUGCACCUGGAAUUUGGGGUGGGAUCUGAACCCCCCCUGGCUGCUUUGCAUCCCAAGAAGCUCCAUCUGUCACUGAUGGAGGCAUUCGGAGGUGACGGCCAAGGGACAUCCAAAAAUGAGCUCAGCAGCCGGCAGAGGCUGCGGGACAGCGGGGAGGGGGGCGAGGCAGUGUCCGAGCCCGGGCUGACCGUGGGCAGAGCCCCGGAGCUGGGUCUGCUCCACACGGCCAAAAUCCAGCCCACCUGCUCUGCCCAGAGCGCCAGGGCCACUGCCAGGGGCUUGGAGUGGUUUCCAGACUUGUAUCCUGACUAUGAAGGGCUGAGGAUUUUCCCAGGGAAGCAGUUCCACGAGGAUUCGAGGAUCGGGGCGGAGACGCCCAAGGGUGGUUUCACACAGGGGCAACAAGGUCCCCUCUCAGAGAGGCCCUUGAUGGAGGUGAGGCUGGGGGAGCUGCACUCCUGGAUCAGAACCUGCAACUUCUCUCCCCAGGGGCUGCUGGGAGCAGUGCAGAGAGCCUGGAGCAGUUAUUGUGCCAAAUACAUCCAGGUGAAGCAGGGGGGACCUGCUGGAAUCUCCAUGCUCCUGGCUGGCUACUGCCUGUUCAGCUAUGGCUGGAACUAUCAGCACUUCAAGCGGCACCGCUGGCGAAAAUACCACUGAAGGAGCUGGAGCAGCAGCCAAGGAACAGCCACAGCUCCUGGGGAGCAGCAGAGCAGCCAGGACUGGGAUCCCAGCAGGAAUUCCCAGCAGCAGGGGCCUGGCUGGAGCUGGAGCUGAGGAGGGGCCGCUUUGCAGGUCGGCUUGUGUAGCAAGAGAGGGGACAGGGCCAGCCUGUGGCCACCCCUCUGUGGGUCAGGCAGCUUGCAGUAGUGACAUGAGAAACUUUAGAGGCACCCUGAGAGAUGUGUGUGGGCAGGAGAGCUCCUGGAGGCUGCAGAGUCCCAGGGACAGGGGACUACCCCUUGGCCUGAGCUGUCAUUAGAGAUUAGUUGACAAUUCUGCUGUAGCAGGGUGGGCUCCAACCCCAGUAACCAUUCCCUUCAAAUCCAGAGCUGUGCCUGGCCCAGCCCAGUUUGUACUCACCCCUUGUACUGGUGGGACUGGUGAAGGCACUGGAGCAGCAGCUCAGACCACAGUGCCCUAAUUCCAGGGAAGAAAAAUCCAUGGGAUGAGCUGUUGUGCCCAAAGGGCAAACAGCCCUGCAGCAGACAAACCAGGACAGUCAGGAGUGCUAGUUGGAGCCUGCCAUUCCCAGACAUGUCUGGGAAAGGGUUGCUCAUGUUGCAGGCAUGAAGGGCAAAAAGAAAAGCCAAGAAUUAAAAGUCUGAGCUCUUUAUUAUGCAGAGUGCAGUAGUGCCAUGACAGAGGUGUUGCACCAAAAACUCUUCUCACCAGCAAUAAAAAUUUGUGUGGAUUUUCCUUUCCA